AAACAUUUGAACAAGUUGGGACAACUACCUAUCAAUUAUCCAGUAGUAGUACUUAUGAUUCCUCAAAAUACAUUUAACAUAUUACAACGUAGGCUAUGUGUUAAAGCACUACUUUUGGUGUCCCCCUCAGGAAUUGCUCUUGAGUUGCUCCCCUCCAAAGUUGAUAUCAGAUUUUCGCCCCUGCUACCAACCGUUGUUUAACAUUAAACAUGGUAGGCCAAAUCCUGGUGUUAUGGUUGUGUCUCAGCCUGCGUACAGCAAACUCAGCCAACCAUUCCCUGAAGUAUUUCUACACAGCGCUCCCACAAUCUACUGGCCUUCCAGAGUUCAGCGCUGUUGCUUAUUUGGAUGAGGAACCAAUGUAUUUCUAUGACAGUUCUACAAAGGAAGUGGUAGCUCGACAGGAGUGGGUAAAAGGAGCCGUGGAUCCAGACUUCUGGAGAAGAAAUACACAAAUUCUUAAGGAGAAUGAGAUGGUGUUCAAAGACAACAUGGACACUGCAAGAGAUCGCUUCAACCAGACAAGUGCCCUUGUAUUGCAGAAAAUGUACAGCUGUGACUGGGAUGAGGUAACUGGUGCUACAGAUGAACGUGAACAGUAUGGAUAUGGAGGAGAGGACUUCCUGUUAUUUGAUCUGAAGAACAAAAGAUGGAUUGCACCUGGUCGGCAGGGACUCAUCACCAAAAUGAAGUGGGAUGCUAAUGUUAUUAAGCUUGAAGCCAAAAUUCACUAUCUAACACAUACGUGUAUUGAAUGGCUGAAAAAAUAUGUUUCCAAUUGGAGACGCAAUCUGGAGAGGACAGUACCACCGCAGGUAUCUUUGCUUCAGAAAGAACCGUCCAAUCCUGUGACCUGCCAUGCAACAGGCUUCUAUCCGAACGCAAUCAUGAUAUUUUGGGGAAGAGAUGGAGUAGAGAUCCAUGAUGAUGUGGUGCAUGAAGAGACCCUGCCUAACGGGGAUGGGACAUAUCAGAAGAGAAUCCAUCUCACUGUGUCCCCUGAAGACCUACAGCAGCACAACUACACAUGCACUGUCCAACACGUUAGAGGCGAUGAUGUGGUUCUGUCUGCUAACAGGGACAGCAUUCGCAGCAACAGCAGGAAUACUCAGGGGAUCUCCAUCAUCAUCUACAUGGUCUUGGUAUUGGUCAUCAUCGUCAUUGUAAUAAAGAGAAAGGCCUGGAAAAGAAAAGUAAGUCUCCUGAAGAAGAGUGUUCAUCUGCUCAUCAAUGCAAAAACUGCUGAAAUGGAGAAACCAAAAAAGAGACAUUCAGCUGAUACUCUCCAGAUACAACUGGUUCCGACAGAACGUCCAACAGAAGCAGAACAAUUUCCUCAGGCUUCAACUGUCUGUUGACUCUGACAACUUUAC